AUGGACCUGGAUCCGGUCGAAUACCCCGUCAACAGCGCGCAAUGGAGACGGGAAAUCACUCGACUAAAGGCAGAGAAGCCGGACCGAUACAAGCCGGAGCAGUGGGAGGAGGCGAGAAGGAGAGGACCACAGCCUGAGCAGCCGUGGCUGGAGCCCAUACUGCUGAGGGGAUUGCUUAACUCUCCUGAGAAGAUCCAAGAUCGUGCCGGCCUGUCUGAAGCGCCCAAGGUGCGGUCCGCCCAGACAGUUCCGGAUAACCUCAUCCACCCCGCGGACAAGCUGGAGACUGUACAGUACUGCAUGGUGGACGGGGAAGGGUACUGUAGGCUUAGGGAACGAUACCAGGUCAGAUACACCACUCUGCUCAUCGACGGCAAAAAUAGGACCAGCCACAUCUUCUAUUCUUGA